CAUCGGAGGGAAGGAUCCAUUUUUCGUGAAGUACGGUACGAGUUACCUCUCCGAUUGUUGGAGCGGGAGUGCUUUCUAACAAACGGUUGCUCAAAGCAUUAGUAAUUGGCGAUGGAGGAUACCAAAAAGCCCAAGACCACCAUCGAAUACGCAGAGUGGCCGAGGGAUGCUCCGUCGGCCCUCGAGCGGAAAGUAUUAAGUAUUAUAUGUGGCAAUUCACGGCUGCAUUGGGCGUUGCACGAGGGUAGCGUCAACAAAUUCAUACCCAUAUUGUUCUGGCAGUAAGUUUCAAAGACCGAGGUGUUCGAUUGUGUGUACGCUGCAUCUGCCUUGGCGCUCACACACUAAUGCUGCUACUGCUCUCCGUAUCUCGCCGUCUGCACGUGUGCACGGGGACGCCGUCCGAACCAACCGCAGCACUGCUCACGUGGACGAGAUCGAAGGGGCGUACGAAGCUGAGGAGCCCUGUGACUUGUUGGAAGCACACAUUGCAAGCCAGGCCCACGCACUGAUCUUCGGCGACAGCGAAAACCGGGGAUUUAUCCACAAUGUUAGCGAGACCGCUGCCAAGCGGGAUGCCCCCGGAAUCAGCGUGUUUGUUGUUUCCUCGAACCCGGCGAUGGAGGAAAAAAUAUGCUACAUGUUCCGCGACGUACCAGCGAAGAUUUUCAAGCUCCGGAACACCGAUUUCUUCACUGAAGAACAGGGUGUGUAUCCGACCAUGGGGGUAGAUCGCGUUGCUGCACUGUACGGAGCCAAGCUGCACUAUGGUUGUCCGGCCCUGGUGAUCGACGGCGGCACUGCUAUGACGUAUAGUGCAGUAGACUACGAUGGGCGUAUUAUUGGAGGAGGGAUAAGUCCGGGUGUGAAGGUUCGAUUGCAAUCCUUGGCAGACUAUACUGGCGCUCUGCCAAAUAUCGAUCACAAGAAGUUCAAAGCUCUGGUGGAGGGUAACAUUGCGGCAAAGACGCCAUUUCCACUUUUUGCGAAAGACACAGAAACCGCAAUGGUAAGUACGAUGCUUGUAGAGAGAGAGAGAGAGAGAGAGAGAAAGAGUCAAGACCGUUUGAACCUGCGCCGAUAAAGUGCUAAUCAGAGCAUGUUUGUUUCCAACGGUUGUUAUUUCGCAAAGAUUUCACCAAUAUGCGGAGAACUAGCCUGUCAGCUACGAAGUAUUGUAAGACAAUUCGUUUCCAGAUGCCAGUCCAACCAGCCAACAUCCUUAACGAGUAGUAACGAGGGAGAAGUUACAGAGAAAGAGCCAACGGAACAAAAUAAUUGUAAGGAGGGAGAAGUUAAAGAGAAAGAGUCACCGGAACAGAAGAAACUUCCAAUCAUUUUCACGGGAGGAGAUGCAAAGUUCCUGUAUGAUCUCCUGAAGACGGAUGCGUCGGGGAUUGUUUCCAUGGAACCAAGUGAGGCCCCAACUCCAACAAAUAUUUAUACGAAAAUCGUUCGGAACCUCGUUACGUAUGCAAUUGGUAACAUCGUCCACGAAAAGUUUUUGCAAAAGCCGAUGACUCCCCAGGAGAAACUCAAACUGAAGAUCCAAGGGCUGAGAAUAGCAGCCCCUGCGAUAGACCCGGACGAUGUUUUCACMAGAGGCUGUGUUUUCAAUAUAACGCCGGCUUCAAUAAUCGAAGGAUAUGCGUUCCACGCCCGAUUCGACAAUGGAAUGCAGAAAGAUCUGACGCUGACAGAACUUUAUGGUAAGAUUUUUUUGGUUGGUAUGGCGAAGCUUCAAAUGCUUUGGGACUCCGCUCACAAACUUUCUGUGUUCCUCGCCAAUGCAAGACUACCUUGUAUUGUACAACGAAAUAGGGGAAGAAGGAAUGUGGUCGGGAUCGGUGGGGAGCGUCGACGAAGAUUGGGUCACCGAAAAGAAGACAUGGUCGAGCAAAGUGCAAGAGGAACUCUGCAAUGUUAGCAGACCCAUCCGAAGCCGCACGCGGGAGCUAAAGCCACACAUCGAAAGGGGCGAGGUCCACAAAUUGUUCCGGAAGCGGUCCAUCGGAUGGAAGCAGUCUCGUUCGAACAAAAGGGUGAAACGGGACGUCCGGAAACUCCAAAAGCCGAUAGGAAAACGCAUAGCAAAAAUGUUUCCAAUCGAGAGCGCGGACGGACAGGAUCCGGCCGACACCAUAUUUUUUGGCACGGUGAAGCACGUCAGUGAUCCCCACCUGGAAUGGUAUUUCAUUCAAUACGACGACGGAGACGUGGAAGAAAUAGAUUUGAACGAAGUGAUGAAUGGGAUCGCCCUCUACAAGGAGCACAAGGGUAACGAUGGGAAGGCCGAUUCAACCGCGGGCGGCUCGGCAACCAGUUCAGCUACUACCACCAAGUUGGUCAGCCAAAAAGUGACGGUAACGAAGGAGACCAACACAUUUACGGACAUGUCCCUUCUUUUGAGCGCGUCUUCGCCUGCUUUUGGGAACGAAGACACCCGUCGGAUUUCUGAGCACAAAGAAGACAUAGAUUAGCAUAUGGUACUGCAUUUGGAAUGGCUACUUGCUUGAAACAAUACAGCCAUGGCCAGAGAAUGAUAAAACGGGCCUCGGAAACGGAACCGUUCUCUCAAAAACUUUUUGUCCCUAAUCCUCACUUGGAGAAUGGAACGUGUAUCAAGAGAGUCUCAUAGCCACCGAAUCCGUAACCAGAGACGGAGGAUAAGGACGUGAUGGAAGAUGGCAAUCUCGAAAUAUCCCCACUUUGCUAUUUGGACCAGGAAUAAUUUAAAGGAAACCAAGCUAGCCCGGCAACAAACCUAUGUCCCGCACGAAGGUGGCAUGUCUAAUUUCUAAACGCUAGCGUUCGAUGUAUUGAAAGAGAACGGCAUACUUGGUUACCGUACGGUACCAGGUACGCGCAGUACUAGUCGGAUGAUGCCUUACCGUACCUGUAAAUAAAAAUUUGAAAUUAGC